CCUCUGGAUGGACAUAUGUCAUCACGCCCAGCUGUGUCCUGCAGCAGUGCAGCAUCUCCUCUUCAUCGUGUGCAAACUUCCCUGCAGCCUGUGCUGCUGUCACUGCCCUGCUCUGGAGAGCUCCUGGAAAGCCCUUGGAGACACUCAGCCCACACCCCCUUCAUCUCUCCUUCCUCUGUGCUUCUCCCUGCCUCUUCCUCUCCAGAAAUUUUCCCAGGAAAAUUGCAUCGAGGAAAUCCACAGUAUCAGAACAGUCUGGAAGAACAAAGGACUGAGAGCAGACCUUUAAAAGAGACAUGGGAUACUGGAGAUUUAAAAAUUGAACAUGAGCCAGCAAUGUGCACUUUCAGGCCAGAAAUUCAAUCAUGUCCUGGGCUGCACCAACACAAACAUGGCCAGUACGUCAAGGGAGGGGAAUCUUGGCUUCUUAUCUGCUCUUGUUUGACCUCCCCUGCAGCUUUGUGUCCAGGCCGGAGUGCUCAGGUCAAAACAAACAUGGACCUGUUAGAGCAGCUCCAGAGAAGGGCUGCAAACAUGAUCACAUGGAUACAUCACACCUUCUGUGGAAAAAGGCUGAGGCAGUCAAGGUUCUUCAGGCAGGAGAAAGAGCUGCUCUGGGGAGAUCUGUUUGCAGCCUUUGAGUAUGUAAAGGGGAUGUAUAACAAAGUCAGAGAAGGAUGUUUUCUCAAGGCCUGCAGUGAUUGCAAAAGGAGCAACAGUUUUCCACUGAAAUAGGGUAGAAAUAAGGAAGAAAUUACUGAAGAUGAGUGUGAUGAGACACUGGAAAAGGUUGCCCAGAGAAUGAUGGGGUGUCCCAUCUGGGGAAGUGUUUCAAGGUGCAGCUCCAGCCCCAGACAUGUCCUGCUACACCCCGUGCCGGCCCUGCCAGCCCUGCGGCCCGACCCCGCUGGCCAACAGCUGCAAUGAGCCCUGUGUCAGGCAGUGCCAGGACUCCACCGUGGCCAUCCAGCCCUCCCCCGUGGUGGUGACCCUGCCCGGGCCCAUCCUCAGCUCCUUCCCACAGAACACCGCCGUGGGAUCCUCCACCUCCGCUGCCGUUGGCAGCAUCCUCAGCUCUCAGGGAGUGCCCAUCAACUCCGGGGGCUUUGGCCUCUCUGGCCUGGGCAGUGGCCUCUGUGGCAGGAGCUGCUUCCCCUGCUAAAGCUGCUCCCUGCUCUGGGCUCUCCCCUUGGAUCCACCUCUCUUCCCUCCCUUGACACAUUAAAU